AUGAGCACCGCUACCGAGCUACCCAAAUUCAUCACGUCUCCACGCGACCCGCCACAACCGGAGACGCCUCCCCCGGCGACUUGUCGACGACGUUCUUCCCCACUUCCGCCCUCCUCAGGUCCCGCGCCGCCUACCAGCCCUCCCCGCGCUAGGGUGGCCGCCCGCACCAGAUUCCCCUCUGCAACCGCUUCACCGCACAAGCUCGACUCGCUCAAGCGCCCACCGCCCAACGGCACGGCAGGGUCGCCCGCGCCGCCAAAGAAGCGCAAACUCGUCGUAUUCGACGAAGAAGCCGAGCAGGAGGCAAAUGAGCAGCAGAAGCGCAAGGCGAAGGAGGAGGCGCAGCGACUCAGGCCAGAGAGGGAGAAGCUGCCAGUCUUCCAAGGCAAGGACGCCAUCCUGAAGGGGAUCGCGGACAACGACACGGUUAUCGUGCUUGCCGAGACGGGUUCCGGAAAGACGACUCAAAUACCGCAAUACAUCCUCCGCUCCGACACCCCCUGCUCCGGUCCUCGCAUCGUCUGCACCCAGCCCCGCCACGUCGCCGCCAUCUCCCUCGCCCAGCGCGUCUCCGCCGAAUGCGGCACCCAAACCGGCGGACUCGUCGGCUACACCGUCCGCUUCGACAACAAGACGAGUCGUACCACGCGCUUGACGUACGCGACGGACGGUGCGCUGUUGGCGGAGAUGCUGGGCGACCGCGACCUCGAGGCGUACGAUGUUGUCGUGCUCGACGAGGCGCACGAGCGCAGCUUACGGACCAACAUGUUGAUGGGAUUCCUGAAGGACAUUCAGAAGCGGCGGAAGGAGAGGGUGCGCGUGUGGAAGGCGGAGCAGGCGAAGUCGAAGGGAAAGGCGAAGGCGAACGGGGUUGUCGCGAACGGCGAGGCGGAUGGGAAGAAGGGCACCGACGAGCGGGAUCCGACGGAGUUGAAGAUUGUCGUCAUGUCGGCGACGAUCGAUGCGAAGCGCUUCAGCGACUUCUUCGACCGAGCCCCCGUCCUCUACGUCGCCGGUCGACAGCACAAGGUCAAGAUUCACUACGCCGAAGAGCCUCAGCCCGACUUUCUCGACGCCGCACUCAAGAUGGUCUAUCAGAUUCACACGCGCUACCCGCCCGGCAGCAUCCUCGUCUUCCUUCCUGGUCAGGAAGAGAUCGAGGGACUGGCGGCGUCAAUCAAGUCGUUCCUGCCCAGCUUGCAGAAGGAAUAUCCGCACGCUGAGGAGCUCCUCGUUACGCCUCUCUACGCCAAGCUCCACGCCGCCGAGCAAGCGAAAGCUUUCCUCCCGUCUCCGCCUCGCACUCGCAAGGUCAUUCUCGCUACCAACAUCGCCGAGACGUCCGUCACGAUUCCGGGCGUCAAAUACGUCGUUGACUGCGGACUCGCGAAGGAGAAGCGGUAUCAUGCGGGAACGGGCAUCGACUCGCUCGUCACGGAGAGCAUCUCGCAGUCGUCGGCGAAGCAGCGCGCUGGUCGUGCUGGUCGUGAAACCGACGGCUUCUGCUUCCGCCUCUACACCGAAGCGACCUACAACGGGCUCGAGAAGCGCUCGCAGCCCGAGAUCCAGCGCGUCUCCCUCACUUUCGCCAUCCUGCACCUCCUCGCUUCCGGCCAAGACGAUGUGUUCAAGUUCAGCUUCAUGGACCCGCCCGACGUCGAGUCAAUCAAGUUCGCCCUCCUCACGCUCAUCGGCCUGAACGCGCUCGACAAGCGCGGCAAGAUCACGCCGCUUGGCCGGCAGAUGGCCCAACUCCCUCUCGACCCCGUCUACGCCCGUGUUCUUGCCGCCUCCUUCAUCGAGGGCUGCCCUCGCGAGAUGAUCGACCUCGUCUCGCUCCUCGGCUCGAAGGACCAGCUCCUCAUCAAUACCAGCUCGACCCGCGACGCCGCCAACGCAGCUCGACAGAAGUUCGUUCACCGCACCGGCGACCACAUGAUGCUGUUCAACAUCUUGCGGGCAUACGAAGAGCUCGACGGCAAGGACGAGCGGAAGCAGUGGUGCAAGGACAACUUCAUCAGCUUCAAAGCGAUGUCAUCGGUCCUCGAUGCGCGGAAACAGCUGCUUGAGCGUGCACAGCGCUUGAAGCUGGGCGAUCCGGAUGCGAGCGCAGGCGACGAGGCGGAGCCGGUCUUGAACGCCCUCAUCGGCGGUCUCUUCGCCAAUACGGCGCUCAGGCAGGAAGAUGGGUCGUAUCGGCAUACGAUGACGAAGCAGCUGGUCGCGAUCCACCACUCCUCGACGCUGCACGGCAAGAAGGCGCCCGCCAUCAUCGACGACGAGCUCGUCUUGACGACCAAGACGUACGCGCGCGGCAUCUCGUCAAUCGAGCCGUCGCAGAUCCGCAGCAAGGCUCCCUCGCUCUUUGGCUCGUCUCUCAAGUAG